GAGGAUCCCCGGACCUGGCAGCAUUGUGCGCCACUUCCAGGAAGCUUGAGAAUCCGCAGGACGUGCGCGCCAAACCGUGCAGCUGCAGUCAAGCGCGGCUGUGUACUUAGGGGAGAAGCCGCGUUCGUUCGGGCACAGAGUUGGCGGUGUCCGUGCUUGUCACCUCGCGACUUGCUUCGCACACUUGCAACCCCUGGAAGGCGCCUUGUUCACACCCGGAGAGCCCUCCCCCCAACCUCCUCAGGUGCGCCGCUACUUCUUGCCUUAUUUCUCCGUCCUUUUUGGUGGCCACUUGAUCGAACGUCUGGAAGAGACGCUGACGUCACCGCUAAGGAUUUCCAAAACAGCUUGUCGGACCCUAAGAAAAUCACCUUUGAGGAGGUCGCCGCCGAGGCUAGCAGUUCAUCGCUCCCUCCCUCCGGUUUAAGUGCAGUGUCUGUAGGGCGAACGCCUGAAUCCGAAUCUUACGUCUAAAAAUAACAAUUUUGUUUCAUUUUCACAACACUCACCCUACUUCAGAAUGCCGCUUGCCCAGCUUGCAGACCCUUGGCCCAAAAUGGAGCUGAUUCAUAUGGAAACUGAGAAUGGACAGAGUACUACAGAAGAUGGUGUCCAGCAAGUUAAGGAAAAAUCAGAAAUUACUUGGAUAGAGAAGGACUUUUCAAAUAUAAUGAUCAAGGAUGAUGCUGUUAUUAAGGAGAUCAACAUUACCCAUCAUGUUAAGGAAGGUUCAGAAAAGGCAGAUCCGUCUCACUUUGAACUACUUAAAGUUCUGGGUCAAGGAUCCUUUGGAAAGGUGUUUUUAGUCAGGAAAGUUACCCCUCCUGAUAACAAUCAGCUUUAUGCCAUGAAGGUGCUGAAAAAGGCUACUCUCAAAGUGAGGGAUCGGGUGAGAACAAAAAUGGAACGGGAUAUUUUGGCUGAUGUAAACCACCCGUUUAUAGUAAAACUUCACUAUGCUUUUCAAACAGAGGGAAAACUCUAUCUUAUUUUAGACUUUCUCAGAGGAGGAGACCUUUUCACAAGACUCUCAAAAGAGGUGAUGUUUACAGAAGAGGAUGUUAAGUUCUAUCUAGCAGAGCUUGCCCUGGGUUUGGACCAUUUGCACAGUCUUGGAAUCAUUUAUCGUGACCUCAAGCCAGAGAAUAUCUUGUUAGAUGAAGAUGGACAUAUUAAGCUUACAGACUUUGGUCUCAGCAAAGAGGCAGUGGACCAUGAAAAGAAGGCAUAUUCAUUCUGUGGAACGGUGGAAUAUAUGGCACCUGAGGUGGUCAAUAGACAAGGUCACAGCCUCAGUGCUGACUGGUGGUCUUAUGGUGUCUUAAUGUUUGAAAUGUUGACAGGGUCCUUGCCCUUCCAAGGAAAGGACAGAAAAGAAACAAUGAAUCUCAUUCUGAAAGCAAAGCUAGGAAUGCCCCAGUUCUUGAGUGCUGAAGCACAGAGUUUACUAAGAGCUCUUUUUAAGAGGAAUCCAGCCAACCGAUUAGGAUCUGGGACUGAUGGUGCUGAAGAAAUUAAAAGGCAUCCUUUCUUUUCAACAAUAGAUUGGAAUAAACUGUAUCGAAGGGAAAUUAAACCACCAUUCCAACCAGCUGUGGCAAGACCAGAUGACACAUUUUACUUUGAUUCUGAGUUUACUUCAAGAACGCCAAAAGACUCACCUGGCAUUCCUCCCAGUGCUGGAGCACAUCAGCUCUUUAGGGGGUUCAGCUUUGUUGCCCCAGCAAUGCUAGAAGAAUCAGGGAAAGAAGUCCAAGUACAACCAUCAUCACACCCAUUUGUCCAGCAACUUCAUGGGAAGAAUUCGCAUUUUAAUGAUGGAUACGUAUUAAAAGAAGAUAUCGGAGUUGGUUCCUACUCUGUCUGCAAGCGUUGUAUUCACAAAACAACUCACUCAGAAUAUGCUGUUAAGAUAAUUGAUAAAAGUAAAAGAGAUCCCUCUGAAGAAAUUGAGAUUCUCCUAAGAUAUGGACAGCACCCGAAUGUUAUUACAUUGAAGGAUGUAUAUGAUGAUGGGAAGUAUGUUUACUUGGUAACAGAGCUCAUGAGAGGAGGGGAGCUGCUGGAUAGAAUCCUCAAACAAAAGUGCUUUUCUGAGAGAGAAGCCAGUGCUGUCCUGUACACCAUCACAAAGACUGUAGAGUACCUUCAUUCCCAGGGGGUAGUCCAUCGAGACCUGAAACCAAGUAACAUUCUUUAUGUGGAUGAAUCUGGCAAUGCAGAAUCUAUCCGUAUUUGUGAUUUUGGCUUUGCCAAACAGCUUAGGGCAGAGAAUGGACUCCUUAUGACACCCUGUUACACUGCCAACUUUGUUGCACCAGAGGUUCUUAAACGACAAGGCUAUGAUGAAGGCUGUGAUAUCUGGAGUCUUGGGAUAUUACUAUAUACAAUGUUGGCUGGGUUCACUCCAUUUGCAAAUGGACCUGACGAUACCCCAGAAGAGAUCUUGACAAGGAUUGGAAGUGGCCAUUUCAGUAUAAAAGGAGGAAACUGGGAUACUAUAUCGGAUGCUGCAAAGGAUUUGGUCUCAAAAAUGCUUCAUGUUGACCCUCACCGACGUCUGACAGCCAAACAGGUCCUAAAGCAUCGGUGGAUUACAAACCGUGACAAGUUACCGCAAAGUCAACUACAACACCAGGAUGCUCAGCUUGUCAAGGGUGCAAUGGCAGCUACAUAUUCUGCACUGAAGAGUUCACAUCCUACACCUCAACUGAAGCCUAUACAAGCUUCAAUAUUGGCUCAAAGAAGAGUAAAGAAAUUACCUUCAACUUCCCUGUGAGAAGGAUCCUGAAAAACAAUGCAUCACCAGUGAUCCCCUGUGUUCCUGCCACACGGCCACCUUGUGUUAAUUGGUUUGUCACAAAUGACAAAAAAUAGGAAUGUUUUAUUUUUGUUGGUUUUGUAUUCAUCAUUAUGUUGUUCAAAUUAGCAGUAUUUUAUCAUAACUCUGUCUUUUCUAUCACUUUUUUUUUAACCUUUUUGAAUCAAAGCACAAUAUUUUUUUCCUUGUGCAAUACACCUUGUCUGUUGUAUUGUCCCCAUUUUUUAUAAACGAGAGGGAAAAACACAGCCUGUCUAGUUUUUGUAGUCAAGGCUGACCAAAGAAAUGUAUAAUAUUAAACUUUGGUAGGUGGUAUAUAUUUUUUAUUCCAGUUAGGCUAAAUUUGAUUUAUGUACUGUAGACGAUAGCAACCGUUUCACAGUGCAAACCUAUUGUAAAGUUCACUUUCAAGCAUCUGUUAAGAUUGAUGUUUAAGAUUACUUGUGGUUCUUUAUCUCUUUUUCUUUUUGCAAAGGGCUUUGGCAUUUAUACAUGCACUUACCAGAUUAAAAGGAUGGUAUCAACAUGUUUUGCUGCUUAUUACCAUCCUAGUAAUGGUACAUUUCAUCUUUAAUCAUACAGAUUAUCCAGGGAGUAAAUUCAACAUUCAUUCCUGUAAAGCUAUUUUUUACAUGUCUGAAAAAGUGGCAAAGUGGGAAAGUUGUUGUUUAUUUGAUCCAUUCAACCUGAAACGUGCAUUUAAUGAAAAUUGUCUAUUUGUUUUUUUCUGUCAAAUGUUGUAUAUAAUAAAUUAUAUAAUGCAUGUGCAUGUUUUGGGUUGGGGUGUCUAUUUGUUUUAUACAAUCAAAGCUUUACAUUUUUAAGGGACCAUUCUAAUUUGGUUUUGUAAUGAGAGCACGUAACAAAUUUGUUCUUGGAGAAUGCCAUGUAUGUGCUUGAUGGUGUUUGUUAUUAAUAUAUGACAUUUCUGCAGUUUAGUGAAGAUUAUGAAUUCUGUUUAGCAGCAUUGCAAAGACAUUUUGAGGAUUGAUCAUUCACAUUUUAAUGGACCCUUGUGCCUUUUAUAUUGUGUUUUUCACUUUAGUGCCACCUUGCCCUACUUUGUUUUAAAUAAUUUUAUUAAUAGGGACACAUUUCCAUGUUAAUAUAUUUAUUAUGUCUACUGAUACAGCAUGUCUUAUGGGGCUUUAAAGAAAGCUAUCCUAGUGAGCCAUAAAACCAGUAAUGCUGAAAAUAUUUUUGACAUCAGUUGUUAUAAUCAUCGAGGGCAAAAAGAUCAAGCAUCACUUAAAACAGCGCAUUGAAAUGUUAUUUCCUUUUCACUGUGAUUGUGGCAAAAAGGAGAUGUGGUACUAAAACCUGUGCCUGAGACCAGAUUUAAAUUAAGAUCUAAGUAGUUCAUAAAGGUUUUUGUCCGACUUAAAAAGAGGGGGUGGCAAAUAUUAUUUUUAUAGCAAGAUAUACAAAAACGAUUGAGGGCCAUGAAUUAUAACAAAUCAGACUAGUUCAAAUUAACAGUAAUAUAGCAGUUAGUAAAGCACAAAAUGAGUACUAAAUGUAUGUAAAUUAGCUAACAGUUAUAAUAUAUAGUGGAGAUGUAAGAUCAUUCUCCCACAAUGACAGUUCCAUAAAUAUCCAUCUCUGCCUUGGCAAUAAACAAUUUCAUUAGAUAACUGGAUAUUUAAUAUUGCUUUCAGUUAUUGUUAAGAUGAUGUUUAUUUUUAAAACAAUGGUUAGUGAUUAGAAACACAUUUUGGACAGGAAGCAAUGAAUCUGCCUUAAACCAUACUAUUCCAGGUAUCAAUAUAUAAUAUAAACAUGAUCUUUUAGGCUGUAAAAAUAUUUUCUUUUAUGGGUACAUUGUGAAAAUCAGACAUGCAAAGUUUUCUGAUAGUUGUAAAAUUGUAAAAUUUUCUGCACAGACACUGAUUAUUUUCAAUACUGGGAGGAGCAAUAGAGACAAUGAAACAUAAUGGACCCCUUCAGAUGGGACUGAGUGGAACUUCUCUGUGUUCUGUUCAUAUCAAAGAAAGCCUGGCCAUGUAGGUGCCUUGAUAUUUAAAAAAAAAAA